CAAUCUGGAGCGUUUCCUGCACCUGAUCUUGCCCAACUAGUUUCGCCAGAUAUGACUCUGGAACCAUUGAUGAUGUGGUUGGCUGCAAAUCCCUCCUACGCCUCAUCCAAUCUUGCAUUUACUGACCCCAUGUCCAUAUUAACAACUGGUAGUGCUGGAGCUCCAAGACCCCCAGUUGAAAUCCCCCAGCAGCCACGCUUCCACUACACUCGUGGACCACGUAACAAGCGUCGAUCAAACCCUCAGAAGCAACCAUCGCCACGAGCAGCCGCUCCGCCGUUGUCGUUCAGCCCAACAGAUUUCCCACCAUUGCAGUAA